GAGAUGAUGCACUGUAUGCGUAGUAGUCAUUACCUUUGCUCACUCACUAUUUCCGUGCUUUUCCCGUACUAUAUACCUCUAGGCAGCAAUGCCAUGAUUUCGUCGUCAUUUUCCACUCUGCUUCAUAGUUCUAAAUCUAUCUUUCUUCCAUUGUCACUCGGUAUAAGGUCAUGUCAUGUCAUGUCAUGUCAUGUCAUAUCACGUUAUGGAAUGGAUAUCACGUUGUUUUUCUCAACACAGCAAUCUCUCACACACACACACAAACACACACACACACACACACACACACACACACACACACACACACACACACACACACACACACAC